GACCCAAUGACUUUUGAGGAACAGUUUGUUUUGGAAAGACAGGGACCCAACAGUGUUGACAUGACCGAGGAGGAAUUAGAGGCUGCUUUCUCUCAGCUGUCCCUGUCUUUCCGCUGUGAUCAGUACACCCUGUGUCAGCGGCUGGAGGCGGAGGAACACGCAAGAGACAAGGCUGAGAAUAAUCUCAAACUUGAAGUAGAAAGAGGCAUGGAGAUGCUUCAGACUCUGAAAGGCAUGUGUUUAGACAUCAAGCGGGCCAGUCUUCUCCAGCAAAUUGAACUUUGUCUCAGCAUUAUCGGAAGCACCGUUGGACGAAUCUCUAACUCAGCAGAAUUACUCGGGGCCGUGCAUCAGGAGGUUAAAUCCAGUCGUGCUGUGGAACUGAUGGUGGCUCACGUGCAGAACCUGAAACGUCAUCAUGAGAGGAACAUCGCUGAACUGGAGGACAUGAAGAAACAGAUGGAGAAAAGCAACAGAGAGCGACAGGCCUGUGAGCAGAGGGAGGAAACAGAAGCAUUCGAAAAGAUGGAAAAAGAUUCACAGAAGCCACGAUUACGACGCAGAAUCAGUGUAUCUGUCAUCUCAAAGCAAAGCCAGAGACACAAAUUAUUGGAGUCACAAGCCUCAAUUUUAGUGACCAAUGAGGAAAGUGAAGAGACAGAAUCACAUGCAAACAAACCAGACCAAGCAGAUGACAGCCUUCUAGUGGACAUAAGAAGUACCACAUUACUGCUGCCAUCACCUCCUCAAAAGAUGAAGGCGGAUCUGGAGCGGAACUCUGUUUUGCUGAAGAGAUCUUGUAAGAACUUACAGCGCCCCCUGCUGCGGUGGCUGUAUCACUGUCGAUGGAUAAUCUUGGUCAUCUAUUUGACAGUCCUUUGCUCAAUCCUAAUAUUAGCUAUGUUAGUGUGGUUUCUGCAAACACCUGUUUUAUGGAUGUAAACACAAACAUAGGAAUAAUUUAUUAUUUUAUCAAAUAUCAGUGGGUUUUACUGAUGAAUCUGAAAAAAGAGUUUAUGGUUACUUUUUGAUAAAUGUAUAACAGUAAAAAAUACUAUAAACAUAGAUACUUUUAAAACAUAAAAUAAGUCACAGAA